CGAAGAAAACGUAAUGUUAUAUCCACUUAAUGUUGCCAUAACUUAUCUAAGAACAAGGAGACGCUAGAUCAGCAACGCUAAAUUUACUGUUUACGUAUAGGUUUGAGCUGAAUAUUAGCGAAAACCUUCCUGCUGUGGGGUCGCGGAUUAGCCCUAAUACGUGACGUUACUGUGGUGUUUAACGGAGAGUCAGUAAACAGGCAAACAUUUUCAGGCAGUCGCAAGGACAGCAUUUAUUCAGUAACGUUGCACCAAGUCAUAGCAGGUUCUAUGCUUCAGCUAAGGACCCCUGCAGAAGAGCAAAGAAGUUGUGAAAUUUCCCAGCUCAGACAAGCUGUUUUACAAAACAAUGACAGACUACUUGAUGAGAUGCUCUGUCAAGAAAUCUACAAGAAGGUCAUCAACUGCAGAGGUGGCUGGGGCAUUGCAGGCACUCCCCUACAUGCUGCAGUGUCGAAAGGCCAUCUCAGCUGUCUGCAGGUUCUGCUAGCCCACGGUGCCCUGGUAGACUGCGUGGAUGUCAAGGCUCAGACGCCUCUCUUUGCAGCCGUUCGUGGAAAAUACCUGGACUGCGUCUUAGCUCUCCUCAGAGCUGGCGCCAACCCCAACGGGAGCUCGUCCAACAACGGUUCCCCUGUGCUCACUGCUGCUCGGGAGGGUAAUGUGGAGAUAUUAAAGGAACUGCUCAAACAUGGCGCAGAGGUGAAUUCUCGCUCCAAAGUCUUGCUCUGGACGUCCAGCGCCAGGGUGUCCAGCGGGCCGCUGUACCUGGCUGCCGUUUACGGACACAUGGAGUGUUUCAAACUGCUGCUCCUCUAUGGAGCAGACCCAGAUUACAACUGCACAGAUGCAAAACUGCUGAGUUCUAUCAAGCAGCCCAAAACUGUGCUGGAGAUGUGCCUCAGGCAUGGCUGUGGCGUGGAGUACAUCCAGCUUCUGAUCGACUUUGGUGCUAACGUCUACCUCCCCACGCUGAUCAUCGAGAAGUCCACCAAGCAGAACGAGGCUGUGGAGCUGCUUCUGCAGGAAAGAGGAAAUCCAAAGGCCUUGACAUCCCAGUGCCGACUCGCUGUCCGAAGAUACCUCAGAAAGAUCAACAAGAUCCACUGUAUCGAGCAGCUGGAAAUGCCAACAAGUCUCAUUAACUUCCUACAACACAAGCAAGUCCCAGCGACUGUUCUGUAGCCCAGCGAGCCUCCGACACAUGAAGUACGUUUUCAUUUGAACUAAAGCUUUCGCUUGAUUUGUAGACUAUGGGCUACGUUUAUCUUUUUUUUUUUUUUUUUAAGGACUGUUCAUGUGCUGUUCUCUUAAGAUUGAUUAUUAAGUCAGAACAUUAAAUGUGUGUCUAAGUGGUG